AUGGUGAAGCUCGCCACGCUCAUGGGCGCGAAGUACCGCCUGAAACAGCGGCGCAAGCGCCUGACUCAUAGAACAGGGCACGAGGGCGCGCACGACGCGUUCGCGCGCGAGUGGCUCCGCCGCGCCCGUGCCAGGAACGGCGCGGUGCCCAUGAAGGUGCGGGACGCGGUCGACGCCGCGCGAGCGUCCAAGGGCCCGGCGGAGCUCGACCUGCGGGGUUGUGGGACCGAUCAAGUGGUAGAGGACGUCUGUGCUGCAUUGAUGGAGCACCCGGCCAUUUCCAAGCUCAACCUGCUCAAAUGUAAGGUGACGGAGGCGGCGGGCAAAGUGUUGGUGGAGCUGGCCGAGGCCCAGAUCCGGUUGGUGCUGACGAUGCCCCUCGCGCGGCAAUUGGAAGCUUCCGCGCCCUGUCGAAGGCUGCACGGUGUGUUGGGCGAGGGGAAGGGCUAUACUUGUAUUAGACGGUUCAAGGUCGACGAAAAAAGUAUAGGCGUGCACCACGCGCAGCGACUGAAAUUGCUGGAAAGGCUGCUCGAUUAUUGUAAUGCGAAGCUGACACUACGAGAAUCACUAUUCACGGAGCAGGACGAUUUGGGAAGACCGCGGGCAUUAGGUGGUGCAACGGUGGCGCUGGAUCGGGACGCCGCGCGGAAAGCUGUACUCCAAGUGCUGGAGCGGAGCGGCGUCAAGGGCCCGUCGCCGCCCGACGCCUUCUCCGACCCUGUUACUUUAGAUAAAUUCGAGAACCACUGCGAGAUGGUCCUCGUGAAGGCUAAAAAAGGUGUGCUCGCGCCUCUUGGCAAGGACAUGGUCGCGGUCGCGCGGGACGUCGUCAGUAGAGGGUCGCCGCGGCCGAAGCCGCCGCCGCCGCCGGGGCCCUCUCCUAGACAACAGCAGCGGCCGAAGACGCCGACGCCCGACAUCUCCGUCGAGAGUGAGGAGGAGGAGGCGGCGCCGGCGGCGAACGCCGUCCAGGCCCUGGUCGACGAGGACCUCGCAAGUAAGGUGCGGGAGCAGGAGGCGCAGCUCCGGGAGCUCCAGGAGAAGCUGCGCGAGAGCGAGCGGCGCGUCAGCAAGGCCCCGACGGAGGACUCGGAAGACGACGACGAGGUCCCCUACGUCCCGGCGGGCGCGCCCUUGAAUGAAACACUACAGGCGCUCGACGCGCAGCUGCCGCCGGGGCCGUCCGUCGAGGCGCUCAUGGCGUCCAAGUCGGACGACGUCGAGCUCGCGUCGGAGGUCAAGGAUGUGGUGAAGGCGCCGUCGCCGGCGUCGUCGCCGGGGUCCUUCCGCGACGACCGGAGCUGGAUCCGCGACGACGACGAUGCUGCUGCCGAGGUCGUCGACGCGACGGCGAGCCCGCCGGCGCCGCCGCCCGCGGAUCGGAGCGCCCAUGAGGAGCGUGCGCGGAGCCACGUGAGCGCGCUCGUCGAGGCGGCGGAGGCGCACGCCCACGAGACGCCGGGCAAAUUCCAAGAAAACCAGGAGGCCGCUGCCGACGAUAACGAUGAGGACGAGGACGCGUCCGACGCGCCUCCAGUCGUAGAGAACGACGCGUUGGAUCUGAGCUCGAGACGCUUGCUCCAACUGGACCUGCCCUCCUCUGUGAGUGCCUAUGCCUACCAAACAUUAAUAGCCUUGAACGUCUCGCGGAACCGCCUGCGAGCUUUACCGGCGGAGGCCUUCGGACAACUUGAACAGUUGGAGUCGUUAGAUGUGUCGUACAAUUUGCUAAGGAAGCUCGCGUUGGACGAUGGCUCGUCCUUACCGUCGUCGCUACUACGAGUCGACGCGUCGCGGAACCUCGCCUCGUCGGUGAAAGGCUGCUUCAAGGACUGUAGCUCACUCAAAAUCCUGCUCUUGUCCCACAACCGUAUUGGUGCGUGCGACGGCCUCGAGCACCUCUCAAACCUGGAGGACCUGGAUUUGGCGGGCAACCGCGUCCGGGCCUGCAAAGGGUUGAGGCCCCUCGCGGGAUGUGCCUUGCUGCGCUCGUUACGACUCCAGGGCUGCCCCGUCGAAACGACUGGCAGUUCUCGCGCUUUGGUUAUUGGGUUAUUACCACAAUUAACACACGUCGACGGCGCGCCUUUACCCAGAGGGCGGGCGCACCCGACGAUCGUCAAGAAGGAGCACGCGCGCGAGAUGAAGCGGCUGGACGCGACUCAUAGGCAACGUUCAAUAGAAGAGGACGAUCCUGACGUAAUGGAAGAGCGGCGCCAGAAGCUAAGGGCGCAGCGCGCGUCGGACCUCCACCGAUCGCGGGAGGGCGCGAAAACAUUAAGGCAGGCGCGAGAGAAGCCGCGGCCCGUCCGCUCGAAAGUGCGAAGAUCUUCCUCUGAACAGCUUAAGAAGAUGAGGAGGUUGAGUGAGGACCAUCGGCCGCAGGACCGGAGAAGCAAGGUCCCGUAUAAGGAGAAGGUAGAAACGAUCUUCGGCCAGCCGAAGCCGGUGGAUAAGCCCCUCCCGCAGCCGAAGAAGACGCCGUUGUCUUCCACGAGAACGGGGUUCCGCCAGUGGCCCCCGAUUCCCGAACCGCCCGCCGUGCCCGUCGAGGUGCGAGAAGCGAGGGCGCCGUCCACGGACUCCCAGGGAAAUGUCCCGGCCUCCCCGCAAACGGAGAACAACUUCGAGAAGUGGAUGGAGGAGCUGGAGGGGCAGACGCAGACGGGGAAAAAAGCCAUCGAUGUUGUAGAAAGGUUGUACGCGGAUGAGAAAUUAAGGCCGAGAGCCGCAGCAUUUGUGGGCACCUUAGAUGAUCUUGGUGUUCUACAUGUGACGCCGCCACCUGAAUCUGUCUUAAUACAAUGCGUCGCCGCGCCCGACCGCCUCCGCGCCGCAGCCGCGGCGUGGCAGCGCGCCACGCAAGUCGCCGACAAACUUAGAGCACUGGUCGGAGUUCACGCGCCGAAGCGCGUCGAGAAGCCGACGCCGCCCUCGACGAACCCGCCGACGCCCUCACCACCAUCCUCGGUCAAGGAGGAACCAGCUUUUGUAGAGGGGAACCCCGCGUCGCCCAUCGCGGCCCAUCCCUUGGCUGCUUUCGCCAAACAACUGGACUCGGAACUCACGAAAAUUGGGGUGGAUGAAAUGCCAGAAGCGGGCCUGGAUCUGGGAGCCUCCGGCUUGACGCCCAAAGCGGCGCCCAAGACGCCGUCGACGGUCCGAGCUUCGCCUUUACAAACCUGGGCGUCCACGGCCAAGGACCUGCAGGAGGCCCAGCCCGUCGACGAGGGUGUCAUACAUGCGCAGAUGCGCCGUUCAUUUGAUGCGGGCGAGUCAGCGUCCAAGCCUGUCGAAGAUGAGGCCGCGGCGCCGGCGUCUCCUUCUGAACUGUCGGCGGCGGACGAGGCGCCGGCGCCGGCCGCGGCUGACCUCGCCGACGCGUUCGGCGCGGCGGCGGCGCCCCAGGCGAGUGCCGCGCCGUCGCCCAAGGCGUCGACUGAGCUCGACAGCGCGUUCGGGGCGCCCCAGGCCGCCGCGGACGACGUGAAUGGCACGCCGUCGACGGACAACGCGUCGCCGGGCACGACGCUCUCGGCGCGCGAGGCGGCGCUGCCGACGCCGGACGCCGCGGACUUUCUGACCAGCGCCAUGCCGGACGCGGGGGGCGCGGACGCGUUGUUUGAGGACGCCGCGCCGACGUCGGCGGCGGAGGAACAGGAACAGUUAGAGCGCGCGCUCGCGGCGUCGCGCCAGGACGUCGACGCGGCCUUCUCGGAGUCAUCGGAGAACCUCGCCGCCGCCUUCGGCGCGGCGCCGUCGCCGAAGGCAUCCGCCGAGCCGGCGCCGUCGCCGAAGGCGUCGGGCGACCUGGCCGAUGCCUUUGGGGCGGCGUCGGCGCCCCAGGCGAGUGCCGAGCUCGACGGCGCGUUCGGGGCGGCGCCGGCCGAGCCCACGCCCAAGAAAGCGUACCUCCUCGACCGCAUCGCGACGAGCGACGGGUUCAAGGACGCCAAGGCGCACCAGCUCGACGACGCGUUCGGGGCCGCGCCGUCGCCGAAAGCGUCCGGAGACCUCGCCGACGCCUUCGGCGCGGCGGCGGCGCCCCAGGCCGCGAGCGCGUUCGACGCCCCGGCCGCGGUGGCGGAGGCGCCGGCGGCCUCGCCGGCCGUCCCCUCGCGCGCGACGUCGGCUACGUCCGCCGCGCGCCACGACGCCGCCUUCGGGUCGCCGCGGUCGCCCCGCGCGGCCGCGCCGGCGCCGGCGCCCGCCAAGAAGGCGAAGGUCAUCUGGCGGGAGGGCUACGACGAGACCUACCAGCGCAUGUACUAUUUCAACAUGGAGACGGGCGACAGCCUGUGGCACAAGCCCGACGCGCCGUACAAGCCCUAUGUCGAGGACGGUGCGUCGACGACGUCGAGCGGUAGCGGGCGGACGAGCAGUAUCGGCGAGUAAGGACGUACUUAAAGCC